UUAAAACCGAAAUAGCGUGCAACAAUUGACAUCGUGGAUCGCGGCCGGAACCCAUUCAUAGUUUCACGGUCGCGUUAUAAGGUGUUUUUAGCCGGCGAGUACUCAUAUAGCGCUCAGGUUAUCGUCGUUAUACGAUAAGAGAUAAGUUUUGAGAGCGCGCGAGAUAAACGUAUGGUGCGAUCGGUGUAGGUAUCGAUAUGGAGUUUUUAGACGGUAGAAAGACAAAAAGUGCGCCCACUACGCCCACGACGGACCCCCCGACUAAGCCUUCGUAUCUCAGAACUUUCAGCACCUUCAGCAGGAUGAGCACCGAGUCGGAAAGGGUCAGGAGGAGGCAGAGGUACAAGAGGAUUUUCGACGAAUGUGACAGAAAUGGAGAUGGAGUUGUUACAGCGAAGGAGUUGUACAAGACAUUGAGGAAAGAACACAACAUAGCACAUCACGUAGUUUUCCAACUGUUGGAUUUGGCGGAUAAGGAUGGAAACGGCGAGCUAACGUUCGACGAAUUCCAAAUUCUGAUAGAACAUCCCAAACUCACACCGCUGUUCAGGGGAGCCUUCACGAAGUACGUCGAAACCAUCGUGCCCCCCAGGAGGAUAGGACAGAAGGGUAGGAUACGUGUUGCCUUGGAAGAAGACCAAUCGGAUUUAGCCUACGAACAAGAAUUUUCCUGCUGCCCGCCUCCCAUAGGCCUCCCGAUAAUGGCAUUGAUCACAGUCAUACCCUUCAUCAUCGACGAAUAUUUAGAACCGAACUCCACGCUAUCCGCUAGCGGAAAAUUGGGUAGAUGGCUCUUAUACGACCCGGCGAGGCGAUACGAGGUUUGGAGGUUCUUCACAUACAUGUUCGUACACAUAGGGUAUACCCAUCUGGUGGUUAAUCUGUUAGUCCUUCUGGUUCUUGGAUUACCCCUCGAGAUGGUACACAAGAGUUGGAGGGUUCUUUCGAUCUAUUUCGCUGGAGUUUUAGCCGGCUCCUUGGCGACGUCUGUGAUAGAUCCCCAGAUAAAACUUGGGGGCGCAAGCGGUGGAGUAUACGCAAUCAUUACUGCACAUAUUUCAACGCUCAUACUGAACUGGAAACAAACCGCAUUUGCUUUCUACCAGAUGAUAAUCUUCCUAGGAAUAACUGUCGUAGAUUUGGGAACAGCUUGUUAUGGCCGUUUCAUUUCGUCCAAUUCUUCCAGCGAACAGAUUGGUGUUGUAGCGCAUUUAGCCGGAGCAGUGGCAGGAAUAUGUGUCGGAAUAGACAUCCUUAGGAACUUGGAAGAGGAUAGGUGGGAGGUUUAUUUCAAGUGGAUCACGCUGGUAAUAUUCGGGAUGGUCAUGGGUUCUAUGAUCGUGAUAGAGGUGGCGUGGCCUAGUCACUUUCCGCCCAUGGAUUACACGCCUAUGGACGUAUCUUGAACCGACGUACCAACUAUCAUAGCUAAGAACCAAAAUGUAUCAAUGUUUAUAAUUAUGUAAAUAGGAGGUACAUACUACAAACUAACAGUAAUUUUUAAUGAAGCAACUGUGAUCUCGUGUCGUAGCUAACCUAAUCAAUUAAGUUAUUAUUGAAAGUAUUUAAUUUAAGGAGUGAGAUGAAUUCCGUGUGUCCAUAUUGGAAUAUUCUAAUUUUUUUAAAGUUCCUUCGUCAUUGGCACUCACAAUCGGUGAAAGCACUUAGAAGUGAUGAAUCGAAACUUUUAAAAAAUUCAUAUCUCACUUCUACAUCCACCAGUUUUAAUAAAAAGACGGACUGCACGAAAAACUUGCCUUAACUUCAACAUAUAGUUGAUUUAUAUGACUUAUCCUACUUAUUCACAAGAUAUAAAUUAUCUUUAUAAGGAUCUUCAUGGUCACUCUAUUUAUUAAUUUUUUAUACUACUUAAAAACAAUUUCAGACUUUGUUUUACAAAAGACUGUUGUAAAAUACGUAUUUUUCAAAUAAAUUU